ACCUGCAUUCCCGUAUGAAUCUAUUCCAUCCAGUGGAUUCGAUUCUUCACAACGACCACCGCCUCCUUCAUAUGAAGAGACAAUAUUAAAUGAUCAUGAAGAUUAUUCUACAACGCGAAGACGUCAAACUCCAUCAGCCCCACCACCAGAAUAUGGUUGGACAUCAACGGUCAUUGGCUCACCACAGUCACAUUCUCGAUGGAAUUGGAAUAAAUCAGAGCAACAAUCCAGUUCAUGGUUGUCGAAUGGUUUAGCUGCAGGUGCUGGAUUUCUUGGCGGCUAUUUUAUGGGUUCUAGAACAAACACCAAUCGUGGUGGUGGUUGUUCACGAACUGUACCGAUUUAUACGGAAGAAGAAUCAUGUAUUCGAAAUGGGCAUCUAUUUUCUGAUUCAUAUUCUAGUACGUGUGAUACGCAUUUCACUCAUCAUCAGCAUCGUUCACGUACUCCGUCACCGGAAACUCACAUCUCGUCGGGUUUUGGUGGUACAUCGCGCCGUUAAUUUCAACUGUUUCUGUCAUUUUAAAGAGAUCAAAAUUCAUAUUUUUUAACAAAACGCAAUUGUCAUUCAUAAUUUUCAUCAAUAUUAUAUGUUUCAAGAUAAAUUCCUACAAAUUUAUUUCCCAGUUUUCAAAUCGGAUUUCGUCAUAUUCAUGCGUUAUUUUCUAAUUUUUUUAAAUUUAUUUCAAUGAUCAAUAAUUUGUAUUCUGUCUUCCUUUUUUCCCUAUCUCUCUCUUUCUCUCUCUCUCUCCAACUUCAAACUCAACAUUUCCUUUUAGAGAUCAGUGAGUAACGGGGUUCUUUCUAUGUGUAUAGAAUUGUCAACUGAGAGCACACCCUUCUCUACAUAUAAUUGAAAUGUUAUCUUAUGUUAGGCUUAUUUCUCUCAUAAAUUAAAUGUUACAUAAGCUUUCCAUAUUAAAAAACGACAUUAUGAUGGUAUUGUCAUUUUGGUUAUAUGAAUGAAACGAUACUUUACAGAUUCCGAUUUUGGCCAAUGAAUAGUUUCAUAAACGUCUAUGUCUAUAAUAUACAAUUGUUUGUUGGCAUACUUCACAGUGUACAAUUACUUGGGAUUUGUUUUGUUGAUCUAUUUGGAUAUGUGUUCAUGUUUCUGGCAUUGAAAUCCUGUUAUGG